AUGGCCGACCCGGCGGAGCACCGUCCUGCGGAGGAGGAGGAGGAGGAGGAGGCCGCGGCGGCCGGCGAGGACGAGGACACCGGCGCCCAGGUCGCGCCCAUCGUAAAACUGGAGGAGGUCGCCGUGACCACCGGAGAGGAGGACGAGGACGUGCUCCUCGACAUGAAGGCGAAGCUUUACCGGUUCGACAAGGAGGGGAACCAGUGGAAAGAGCGCGGAACAGGCACUGUGAAGCUGCUCAAGCAUAAGGAGACCGCCAAGGUCCGCCUAGUCAUGCGCCAGGCGAAGACGCUUAAGAUCUGCGCCAAUCAUCUUGUGGUGGCGACGAUUAAGAUGCAGGAGCACGCGGGGAGCGACAAGUCGUGCGUAUGGCACGCUCUGGACUUUGCCGACGGCGAGCUCAAGGAGGAGAUGUUCGCUAUCCGUUUUGGAUCUGUGGAGAAUUGCAAGAAGUUUAAGGAUAUUGUUGAAGAGAUAGCUGAACAGCAAGGAAAGACUGAGGAGAAAGAAAAUGAGGAAGCCUCCACUGCCGCUGAUUUGGUACAGAAGUUAACGGUGACAGAGGCCAGCAAGGAGGAAACUGCGGAGAAAGAGGAGGCUCCAGCAUCUGAUGAUAAAAAAGGAUGCUAA